AAAUUAAGGUCAUUAAUACGUGGCCGAAAGCAACUAAUUUACUAACCAAUGCACACAUCUACUUGCUUCGUCUUCUUCUUCAUCUUCUACCACCAUUUUCAGAUUCAAAAUUCAAUUCUAACAGUUUCACUUCCCCUGCUCCUCUCUCUCAUGUGAUCUCUCUCUCUCUCUCUCUCUUUCUUCUCUAAAAACCAUAACUUUGAUGGCAUUACUGUGAUUCUUCUCUUAAAGCAAUCUCCUUUUUCGCCGGAGAUUAUGGGAGGCUGUACCUCCAAACCCUCCUCCUCCUCCGGCAGACCUAACCCUUUCGCUCCUGGGAAUGACUAUCCUCAAAUUGACGAUUUUGCCCCUGACCAUCCCGGUAAAUCACCACUUCCUACCGCUUCCGCCGCAAAGGCCUCUCCUUUCUUCCCCUUUUACACGCCGAGCCCUGCUCGCCACCGCCGUAAUAAGAGCCGCGACGUCGGCGGAGGAGGAGGAGGAGAGAGUAAGAGCUUGACUAGCACUCCGCUCCGUCAAUUACGCCGUGCGUUUCACCCUCCGUCUCCGGCGAAACACAUACGGGCGGCGCUACGGCGGAGGAAAGGGAAAAAGGAAGCUGCUUUAUCGGCGGCGACGCAGCUAACGACGGAGAUCCCGCCGCGGGAGGAGGAAGAGGAAUUAGGGCUUGACAAAAGAUUUGGUUUUUCGAAAGAGUUUCAUAGUAGAGUAGAGUUAGGGGAAGAGAUUGGACGAGGACAUUUUGGGUACACUUGCUCUGCUAAAUUCAAGAAAGGAGAGCGCAAAGGUCAAAUGGUUGCUGUCAAAAUCAUCUCAAAAUCGAAGAUGACAACUGCAAUUGCUAUAGAAGAUGUGAGAAGGGAAGUGAAAAUUCUACAGGCUUUAUCUGGACAUAAGAAUCUGGUACAAUUCUAUGAUGCAUUUGAGGACAAUGCAAAUGUCUACAUUGCCAUGGAGCUAUGUGAAGGUGGUGAACUUCUGGACAGAAUACUAGCAAGGGGAGGGAAAUACUCGGAGAGUGAUGCAAAACCAGUGAUUAUACAAAUCCUGAAUGUGGUAGCUUUUUGUCAUCUCCAAGGAGUUGUUCAUCGAGACCUUAAACCAGAGAACUUCUUGUACACUUCCAAGGAGGAGAAUUCUCAGCUUAAAGCGAUAGACUUUGGCUUAUCAGACUUUGUCAGACCAGAUGAAAGACUCAACGAUAUAGUGGGAAGUGCGUACUACGUAGCUCCUGAAGUUCUACACAGAUCAUAUACAACAGAAGCGGAUGUGUGGAGCAUCGGAGUCAUAGCAUACAUUCUACUAUGUGGUAGCCGUCCCUUUUGGGCAAGAACUGAAUCCGGAAUUUUCAGAGCGGUUCUUAAAGCUGACCCGAGUUUCGAUGAACCUCCUUGGCCCUUCUUGUCUUCUGACGCUAAAGACUUUGUUAAGCGGUUAUUGUUUAAGGAUCCCCGGAGAAGAAUGUCAGCCUCCCAAGCCUUGAUGCAUCCUUGGAUCCGUGGUUAUAAUACGGACAUGAAUAUCCCUUUCGAUAUCUUGAUCUUUAGGCAGAUGAAGGCGUACUUGCGAUCUUCUUCAUUACGCAAAGCUGCUUUGAGGGCGCUGUCCAAGACGUUAAUCAAGGAUGAAAUUCUUUACCUGAAAACUCAAUUUUCUCUUCUCGCACCAAACAAAGAUGGCCUAAUCACAAUGGAUACCAUUAGAUUGGCACUUGCAAGCAAUGCAACAGAAGCAAUGAAAGAAUCUCGGAUCCCAGAGUUUCUCGCUUUGCUAAAUGGACUGCAAUACAGAGGAAUGGAUUUCGAAGAGUUUUGUGCAGCUGCUAUAAACUUUCAUCAGCACGAGUCGCUUGAUUGUUGGGAACAGAGCAUUCGACAUGCUUAUGAGCUUUUCGACAAGAAUGGAAACCGAGCUAUUGUCAUUGAAGAACUUGCCUCUGAACUUGGUGUUGGACCAUCGAUACCGGUACAUUCGGUUCUACAUGAUUGGAUCAGACACACUGAUGGGAAGCUAAGCUUCUUCGGGUUUGUUAAACUGUUACAUGGAGUCUCUGUUCGACCCUCAGCGAAAACUACACGGUGAAGAUAACGAAGCUAGCAUGACCAAAGCGAAAUCGAUGAAAGAGGAUGUCAAAAACUUUACUCUGAUUCUUGGAUUGGAAUUGGAUAUGUAAUAGUUUAGUCAAAGACUGUACAAGAAAUGAAAAGUUUCUUACAAGAGCAAUUCUAAGAAAAAUUGUUGUAAUAAUAUAGUAACAACAACCACAGUGACUUUCAUACUCUUAUCUGAAAUCAAGAGAAAGAGGAAGAUUUCCAAAAAGAUUUA